AUGAAUAUCCAGGCGGUUGCCUUCUUUGUCUUCUUAUCAGCUCUGUGUGCUGGAAACAUUCAUCCCAUCACUGCCAGACUCAACAUCUACACCGGAGCUACGGGCGGGAAUGGGACCUUUACUUGUCAUUACCCGGGGCAUUUUAACAGGAUUUUCCUCUGUAAGGACGACUGCAAAGGAGAGAAUAUUCUUGUUGAAACAGAUGCUGAUUUGGCUGUGAAUGGCAGAUACAGUGUCCAAUACAGAAAAGAAAAGGGUGUCAAAUCGGUGAGCGCUUUGAUCAUAACCAUCACAGACCUCAAGAAGUCCGACUCAGGGCGCUACAGUAGUGGGUUCGGAUGGGCCGACUACCCGCGAUUUCACUGUGAUGUUCAGGUCAGAGUCACUGAUGCGCCAGUUCAUGGAAAAUCUGGGUUUGCUUAUACGUAUGUUGAAGGAGAAACCAACACACAUGGAUGCCGCAGUGAUCCCCUCCCUGGAGGGUGGAAGUUCCUAUGCAGGGGCAACUGUGUUAAAGAAGAAGACAUUCUUGUUGAAACCAAUGGCAACGCCGCUCAGAGAGGCAGAUUCAGCCUUGAGUAUAGCACACGUUCCCUAUUUGGACUGGAGAUGACCAUCUCAAACAUGACCAGGUCUGACACUGGAUGGUACAGGUGUGGUUAUGGCAGAGCGCUGACCUCAGAUUCAUACAACACCUUCCCUCUCAUCGUCAUUGCUGAUCCCAGUUCCACUGAGAGUCCCCCACUGACGACUGAGAAGACUUCUACUGAUCCCAGUUCCACUGAGAGUCCCCCACUGACGACUGAGAAGACUUCUGCUGAUCCCAGUUCCACUGAGAGUCCCCCACUGACGACUGAGACAACUUCUGACAGCUCCUGGCUCAUUUUUCAGAAUACACUACCUACAGGUCACCUCGUUCCUCUGGUCAUCUGUGUGUGUGUGGCUGGUGUGUUAAUGCUGAUCAUCCUCAUCCUCUACAUCCGCAAGAAAACCAGGAGCAACAGUUUGAUUUGA